AGAGCGUGCCCUCCCGAACCAAACACCAACGGCUCGCGACAAGAAGAAUCUGCUCCCAUUAACGGCGCCGCACUAGUCUCCGUGAGCUGCUGCCUGAAGCAGGGAGGGGAGACCGGCACGAUUUGGGGGAAGCAGAGGGCGGGGUGCGAGCGAGAUGGGGUCCGGAUCUUUCCUCAAGGUGCUGGCCAAGAACUUUGACAUCCUCGCCGGGCCCCUAGUUUCGCUUGCUUAUCCUCUAUAUGCCUCUGUGAGAGCAAUUGAAACAAAAUCUCAAGUAGAUGAUCAGCAGUGGCUCACUUACUGGGUGUUGUACUCGUUUAUCACUUUGUUUGAGCUCACUUUUGCUCCAAUACUUGAAUGGCUUCCUUUCUGGCCCUAUGGAAAGUUGUUCUUCAAUUGCUGGCUAGUUCUACCUUGCUUCAAUGGUGCUGCUUAUGUUUACGAGCAUUUUGUGCGGCCAAUGUUUCUGAACCGCCAAAUAGUCAACAUCUGGUACGUCCCAAGAAAGGAUAAGUUAAGCAAACCUGAUGAUGUACUCUCAGCUGCAGAGAAAUAUAUUGAACUAAAUGGGCCAGAAGCAUUUGAGAAGCUAAUUAGCAAGUCUUCAAAGCCUUCAAACUUUAGGAGCAGGAGGCUGUCGGUCUUGCAGGAGGCAAAAGCUGAUAGAACAGGCAAGGCUGAAAGAGAAUCGUGGGGCGAAAAUCCAUUCUACGAUAAGAGUUACCGACACUAAGAUGACCUUGCCUUUUCAGCCAUCAACUCAUCAGUCUCUGUGGAUCUGCCCUAGGAGGAACUUACCACGCCUCUAACUUGAGGAUUGUACUCUGAUGCGUCUACUACAGAUACCACUCCUCUAACUUGAGGAUUGUACUCUGAUGCGUCUACUACGGAGUAUAUCAGUAUCUGGUUCUGGAACUAUGGAAUUAUUGUAAAUAGCUAGUGUCAACAAUUUCCCUUUGUAUUUGGGUUAAUGUAAUGUUCAUUUGCAUGGUAGUGACAGCUUUGGCGGUUAAAUUAGUCCUGUGUAAGGGUAGAUACCGUGGCCGGAAAAUACCAAAGGCUGUAUGUAUGAUGGCAUCCCUAUUUCUUUACUCUGCAUACGCCUUAAUCAGACAUUUCCUGAUUGGAACAUGGCAAUUUAUGUUAGCACUUGCAGCCUUGAAGCACUUUGAAUAGACAUGAAGAAC